AUGAACGGAACGCGCACGGCGUACUCCGAGAGCGCUUCCUCUGUGUGCAUCCUGGACAGCACCGCGGCUCGGUCCACUGCGUCGAGUGCAGGGGCUCGGGCUCGGAGGCGAACGCGCUCCUGCUCUACGAGGUGGACACGAGUGCAGCGUGGUAGGGGCGGGCGGUGUGUGCUCGCCAACCCGGGCAGCGGUGCGACCGAGGGAUCUCACAGCUGCAGCAGCGGCUACUGCACGUCAUGCCACAAGACGCAUCUGUUCUGUAAGUAUGGAUGCUACAGCCGACACAGUUCGACUGGAUUUGCCAUAUGCGCGGGGGCGAACCAGUGCGAGCUAGACAACGUGACGAUCUGCACAGAAUGCGUGAACACGUCGCAUGCACCCAAGAAUGGGGGGUGCACCUUCGUCGGGGAAAGCGCCUCCAGAAGCCUGUUUUCUGACUGCACGAAAGAUGCAAGCAGAGGGUUGUGCACAGGUUGCUCCAGCACCGGGAAGUCUUUCUUGUUCUAUGGCGGCUGCUAUGACAGAAACUCCCACGUUGGUUCAAAGCUCUGUCUGGAAGCAGCGGGCGGAGUGUGUAAGCAAUGGCGUAGCAAUUUUAACUUCACCUUCUCUAAAGCUGAGGGGGCCGACCGAUACCUGUGCGGUGAUACCAGCAGUGGUGUGCGUGGCUGCGCUACAUGCGGGUACAAUAACGGUGUGACGUGUACGCGGUGCUCGACGGGAUACCUCGGGGUGGAUGGGAGGUCCUGCAGUGAGAGCUGCAGCGGAGACACUCGGGGGGCGUGCACGAAGGUAACAGAAGGGAGCGAAUCAACUGAAGUGUCGUGUCGAUGCGUCUGCAAGCCGACGUUCUACAGCAGCUCCGGAACGUGCAUAUCAUGUACGGACUCAUGUGCUGUCUGCAAGGAUGGCACACUAACCGGCUGCCAGCAGUGCAGCCCCGGCAAGAUCCUGAACUUCUCGAUUGCCUCCAGCGAGAGCGCAGACUGCGUUAGCCAGUGUUCUGUUGGUAGUGAGUGUGCAGAGUGCGGCAUCACCAUCGACGGCAGCAGGUACUGCACGCGCUGCAAGGACGCAAGCACGUAUCCGUUCAACGGGGUGUGUAUUCUGAACACACAAAGGGACGCGUACUGCACCAGCAAGGCAAAUGGCGUCUGCACCACCUGUUCCUCAGGCGCCUUCCUGAUGAACGGGGGCUGCUACACAACGGAGCACUAUCCGGGAAGCACUAUCUGUGGUAAGCAGUCAAACGGAAAGUGUGAGAAGACCAAGGAGGGGUACGGGAUAUCGCCCGAUGGAAAGCUGCUGGAGUGCGAUCCGACAUGUCUGGCGUGCACUGCCCCUGGCCCCGGCCGCUGCACCAGGUGCCCCUCUGGAGCGCUCCUGAAGAGGGCCUCGGGUGCCGCCACCGGGAGCUGCGUCGACCCCAAUGCCUGUGUAGACGGGUACUAUGCAGACGGAGACGCGUGCCUGCCCUGCGCCACUCCGGGGUGCAAGACCUGCGGGCAUGCCUCCUUCUGCACAGAGUGCGCGGGGGAGCUCUUCGUGACCCUGGACGGGCGGUCGUGCCUGGGGGAGUGCACCGGGGACAAGGUAGUAGGAGAGGUGCCCGGCGGCGUGCGGAGGUGCUGGUGCGAACGGGGCUUCUACAGCCAUGGUCCAAGGGUCGUACGAAUAAACCCACCUCCCCGCUCUUGUGUGAAGACGGGGACGAACCAGGCCCGCUCGACCUCGGUGACCGGUAGUCCUUCCUCUCCCCAGUCGGUCUGA